AAAAAGAUGGCAGGAGGAUUUGCAGCAAGUGGUGGUGGAGGUGGUGAUUAUGAAGGAAAAGUUACAGCUUUUGUUAUUAUGACAUGUUUGGUUGCAGCCACUGGUGGUUUACUCUUUGGUUAUGACAUUGGUAUUUCAGGAGGAGUGACAUCUAUGGAUGAAUUUUUACUCAAAUUUUUCCCAAAUGUGUAUCACAAGGAGAAGAACUUGAAAGAAGGAGGAAGCCAAUAUUGCAAAUUCAAUGAUCAUAUGUUACAACUCUUCACUUCAUCACUCUAUUUAGCAGCAUUAGUUGCUUCAUUUGCAGCUUCAAUAACCACAAAAGCAUUUGGACGAAAAAUCUCUAUGCUUAUCGGUGGUCUAAUUUUCCUAAUAGGCGCGGUCCUGAAUGGUGCAGCCAUGAACUUGGGUGUACUCAUUCUGGGGCGCCUAUUACUAGGUGUUGGCAUUGGCUAUGCCAACCAAUCUGUCCCCGUUUACCUCUCAGAAAUGGCUCCACCUAAACUUAGAGGAGCGCUCAACGUCUGUUUCCAAAUGGCUGUCACACUUGGCAUACUGAUCGCGAAUCUUGUCAAUUAUGGUACCUCUACCAUGAAGAAAAAUGGUUGGAGAGUGUCUCUUGUUCUCGCGGCUGUACCUGCUGUUAUCAUGACAGUAGGAGCUGUUUUCCUACCAGACACGCCUAAUUCAUUGAUCGAUAGAGGGCAAAAAGAGGAGGCAAAGACAAUGUUGCAAAAGAUUCGUGGUACAAGCAAUGUAGACAACGAAUUUGAGGAUCUUAUCAUAGCAAGCGACAUGUCUAAACAAGUCGAAAGUCCAUGGGGUAACAUUAUGAAACCUAGGUAUAGACCACAAUUGACAGUCGCUGUCCUGGUUCCGUUCUUCCAACAACUCACUGGUAUCAACGUCAUUAUGUUCUACGCACCUGUCCUGUUUAAAACACUUGGGUUUGGGGACGGAGCUGCGUUGAUGACAGCUGUCAUCACCGGACUUGUCAAUGUGUUCGCCACACUUAUAUCCAUAUUCACUGUUGAUAGAUUUGGCAGGAGACCCUUGUUCCUUGUUGGUGGUACACUCAUGAUUAUCUGCCAGAUUGCUGUUGGUUCCAUCAUAGCUAGUGUAUUUGGAGUGGAUGGUCUAGGAACAUUCAGCAAAGGACUUGGUAACAUUACAGUUGCCAUUAUUUGUGUAUAUGUAGCAGCAUUUGCUUGGUCAUGGGGACCCUUAGGUUGGCUUGUUCCCAGUGAAGUUUUCCCCAUGGAAAUUCGAUCAGCAGGGCAAUCGAUCAACGUCUCAGUAAACAUGUUCUUCACCUUCAUUAUCGGACAAAUAUUCCUUACAAUGCUCUGUGAAUUGAAAUUCGGGCUCUUCUUCUUCUUCGGAGGAUUCGUGGUGAUCAUGACAUUUUUCAUCUUGUUCUUCCUCCCUGAGACUAAAGGUAUUCCUAUCGAAGAUGUAUCGAGAAUUUGGAAGAGUCAUUGGUUCUGGAAAAAAUACAUGCCAUCUGACGAAAAUACUCAUGUUUAGAAAUCAUGAUCAUAAUAUAUCGUAAUCCCAUUGUAUUGGGAUUAAAAUGGAUCGAUGAUCGUAAAUAUUGGUACUAUAUACUAUGAUUCAAUUU